AACGUUAAUAAAUUGGAUCUACUCGGUCGAAAAUGGCGGACGUGUUUUCAAAGCUGAGAGAGCAAGUCACUUGCACGAUAUGUCAUGACUAUUUUGACACACCAAAACUUCUGCCAUGUCUUCACAGGUUUUGUGAGACAUGUCUCGCCGACUACAUCAAGACAAAACAUGUGACAACACAGCUUGGUCUGCCGUGCCCCCAGUGCCGUCGCCUGUGUAAGCCCAAAGGCUGGACACACACGAUGACCAAGGAGACGUGGGCUGACAAAUUCCAAACGGAUUUCGUUAUUGCCUCAAUGUGUGAAGAGUUACGCGGUAGUGUAGACGCCUGUUCGAACCACCCAGACCAGCAGGUGCAAGCGUACUGCAGUGACUGCGGUUUGUGCGUGUGCUAUGCUUGCGCGACAGUCAAGCACCGUAGGUGUGAAAGAGUUGCCCCCCUUACAGAAGCCGCCGAUAGCACACGAUAUAGCUGUGAAAGACGACUUGAAAGUUUACAAGACAAAAUAAGGGAAGCCGAGGAACGCCUUGGUCUUAUAACAGAAGAACAAAUGUCACUGAAGCAAGCGCACGAGUUCUCAGCGAAAAGUAUAGUAAAGGACUUUAUUAAAGUUAGAAACCUCAUCGAUGAAGGGGAGAGGAAAUUAUAUGCCCGAAUUGAAAUGGAGUUCACCAAGGCCCACCAACAACUUGACCGGAAAGAAAGGCUUGAAAGGAAGGAUAUCACUGACGGGACAUCGGUUGAAAAGGAAUUAACAGAACUCAUCGAUGUAAGAUCAGAUGCUGUCUUGAUGGAAACCUUCCAACAACGUGCACCAAAGCGUUCACUUCUCGAAGAUUUCUCCAAUGAGGCCAUUAUUCCCGGAACCUACUUGAAUCAAACUAAAGCCAAGAUCGCCAGACUGGAUGAGACAGGGAAAGACAUUUUGAAUACCCUCUCCACGGUACUAAGUCAGACGUAAGGAUGGUAAUGGUAGGGCUGGAGGGUGUGACGAAGUUCAGAAACAAACCAACUGCCGAUAAAUAGGGAUGGCUAACUCCGCUAGUAUGAACAACGAACAUUUGAAUGAGGAACAGUUGUGAACAUGUUUUAUCAGUGAAGUGCUUGCAUAUCGAAACCUGACCUGAUACCGACAACUUCGGAUGUGUUAUCCGACGAUUAACUAGGAACACAGUUUUAUCAGGCCCGAUGUUCAGAGUGAUACAACGGCGUAUGCUACAUGUAUGCUUUUACAUGACUGCGUCCGUUAGGGCGUUAUUUUCUCCCAGUAUGUAAAUUUAACUUACUCUAUCAUGAAGUGCAAGGGAACAAUUUGAUACCGAUGCAGCCCUAUGUGUAGAAAUAUGUGGUUUGGGAGGCAACAAAGAAACUGGUAUAUGGCAGCGAGGCCUGGAGGCAUCAAGCGCUGCAGUUAUGAAUCCUGGGUUUGAAUCCCAACGCCCGUUUUGCAUAC